AUGACGCCUGCCAUUGGUGGUAACCGAUCCAGAGCAUCCAACACGAGAGCAAUAUUCCGAGUACGAGAGGUUGAUCCAUCAAAUUUCAAGGCAAUAGCGCAUCAAGACGACCACCACAGUCAAGGUCACGGCGAGUACGGAUCCCGGAAUACCACGCAGCUAAGCAACAGACAUGAUGGACUUGUAUUAACCCACUCCCCCACCAAUGUCAGUACAAGCAGUACAAGCACCACGACCACUGCGAAUACCAGUGGCAGUGUCCCAAGCAUCACAAUCAGCAACAGUGGUGACACAGCUCGUCACGUUCAAGCAGAGCCAGAGUUGCCGGCCUACGCGGAUAUUCAGGCGGAACAUCAUCAGCACACAGGGCAAUUGUCAUCUUCCGUAUCGCUUCCGGAACAAGUUUCAAUCGAGGAUCAUCGAGAAGCGAUAGUACAAGCACGUCAGCAGAACGCCACGCCGACUAGCAACCCACUACCAUCAUUCUCACCGGCAGGUGUUCGGCCCACAGGCACUGGCACCCUAUCCCGGGCAGUGGCUUCCCCUGUGGGAGCCAGUCCUCCAGCAGCAGGGGCCAAUACAAACACCACCAGAUUGACGGGCGUGACGGGCACCAUUCCCACAGUGGAUCAGUGCACGAUAAGGCCUGAGCGUGUCAAUCCAAUCCUUCGUCUUACCCGCAAACAUUCUCCUGCUGAGUCUGUGGCGGCGCACCAUGAGCCUGUCCAGCGUUCACCUCUAAGCAAUCGGCCCUCUCGGAGCUCUUCCAAAUCUUCCCUCGCGGAUCGACAUUUGCAGACCUCAUCGCUCUCUAAGCCUCAAGCAAUGGCUCUGAAGUUCCUAACUUCUCACAGCGGCCACUCCGGCACUAGCAGCAGUGUCAAGUACUUCGACGUCCGCCUUAACAAUGACUACGUUGUAUUUCGAGGCAAUGAGGACGAAGCUGCCAGUGCAGAGCUGUCCGGCUCCGUUGUGCUGUGUGUGACAGAUCCCAUGAACAUUGCUUCGAUUACUCUGACGCUGAGCGGAAUCGUUCAUAUGUCAUGGCAGACAUCCUCCACCUCUUCCAUGUCAGGUCGUCGCACCAACUACAAGGAGAAAACAUUCUUUGAGAAGAGCUGGAACUUUCUGGAUGCCGGUAAAGGAAAGACCGAAAUCUUGUCCCCGGACAACUAUGAAUGGCCCUUUCAAUGUAUUCUCGAUGGCGGCUUGCCCGAAAGCGUUGAAGGCAUGAAAGAUGCGUGGGUUAUAUAUCGUCUCAAAGCAGAGAUUGUACGGAAAAGAGGUCGAGAUAUCGUUGUCCGGAAACCUUUGCGCAUCGUGCGGACGUUAGAUUCCAGUGCGCUGGAACUGGCGCAUGCCAUGUCGGUUGAGAACAUCUGGCCGAACAAGAUCGAAUACUCAAUCAGCAUACCCAACAAGGCGGUUGCCUUCGGAUCUUUUGUUCAAGUGGAUUUCAAACUUGUACCACUGCUCAAAGGGCUGGUCAUUGGAAAUGUAUCAACUCAAGUGAAGGAAGAACAGGAACUCAUUGUAGAUCCCGAGUGGGGAGUCAAUGCAAUGAGUAAUGGCAUCACGAAGCACGACAGAGUAAUUGUAUCCGACAUGUACAAGAUUGACACCGAGAACGACAUGCAAAUCCUCGAUGAAGCAGCCGAGGGCUUUGAAUUCUCCCGCUACUUGGAAUUGCCAAAGAGCUUGAAUCAAUGUCUACAGGACUGCAACGCCAAAGGGAUCAAGGUUCGACACAAGGUCAAAUUCAACGUCCAGCUACACAACCCCGACGGACAUAUCUCUGAACUCAGAGCCAAUCUCCCGGUCUCAUUCUAUAUCUCACCCAGUCUCCCGAUAAACGAGAACAACGACCUAGUCGAUCAAACGCCACAAGCUAGACGUGCUGCUGUUGCCAAUGACUUGGCAAAUGCCGCUCCUCCAGUCUAUGGCAAGCAUACUCUAGACGCUUUAUACUCUGAUAUGGAUGGUUACCGGACACCUGGGGCAGCUUUAUCUACUCCUGGAACGCCCUAUCUCCACAGCCGACAUGCUUCGUCGGACAAUCUCGCCAGUCUUGCAGCGAUUACCAACGGAAAUUAUGUGUCACCUGUCGCUCUCGAGAAUAGGCUUCAAGACCUGCGAGGGGCAAGUUCAUCGUUACCACGAGGAGAGGAAAGCGAUCGAAAUCUGGCUGCCGCUGGAAGACUCCGCUCAAGAAGCAAUUCUGCCAAUCAAAGCCAACCUCAGGAUUAUUUCGAUUCCAAUAGCCUGUCUAGUUCGGCCAACCAAACUCGACUCAGUCCUUAUGAAGCAGGUUCCUAUUCUGGCGCACAAUCGGGUUCUCCAAGUCAACCAGGCAGUAAUAUUAUGUCAAGACGGACAUCGGAAGAAGAAGAUGGGCACCAAUCGGGUGCCCGAACCCCUUUCCCUCAGUACGACCACAUGGAGGAUCUGGAUCUGGCCAAGAUUCCGUCUUACACAACAGCAGUCAAAACCCCGGCUCCCAGAACAAAUAGAAGUUCCAGUACACUUCCGACAUACGACACUGUUGUACGAGAACCCACCCCUCCAGCUCUAGCAGAGCCACCCACCGCACACCUGCGUUCAUUCGCCAGAGUACCUGGAAGCCUCUCGUCCAGCCCAUCCGACCUGGGGCUUCCUGGAUCAUCAAGAAUGGCAAUGCCUCACAGAAAUGUAAAUACGAUACAGGAUGAAGAACGCCGAUUACGGCUGUUACAGCAGAGAGCUCGGUAG